AUGGCUUCUUCCGUUGCUGGCUCCUCGGCGCCGCACUGGAGAGACGACGAGAUCUUGGUGGACCGGGACGGCAUCCCCCACUACACGGGAGCUCAACCGGCACUGGUCCGAGAGUACAGGCGGCGAGUGCUGCUUGCUUACAACAGCCUUGAGGGGAGUGGCGACGACGAGACAAAGGAGGCCAGAUCCCUGGAAAAGAAGAAGCGCAGGUUCGCCCGGAAGCUUCUGGAUGCUCUUCAUGGAGAAGCUUGGAAGGCCUGCCAAGACCUCAUGCUGGACAACGAGAAGUUGAAGGCUCCGGACGGCUAUAAGGAGAUCUUUAAGGCCCUUGGACAGAUCGAGAAGGCCGGGGUCAUCCGCAAGACCGAGGCGUUCGACCAGUUCUUUGACAAGUGCUACCGGAAGAAGGGCCAGAGCAUUGACUCUUACCUUCGGCAGCGCAAGCAGAGCUGGGAUGAGCUUCGAGACUUGGCCGAGGGCAUCUCGAUGUCGGAGGACCUGCUGGCCUACUUUGUGCUGAAGAACGGCAACCUGAGCAAGGAGGAGAAGAGGGUGUCGUUCCACGACCUCCAUGAGAGGGAGAGAGGACAGGGUCGAGAGUGGCAAGGCCAAGGGCAGUUUCGACGGCACCCCAAAGGCGCCGGACGGCGAAGGGAGUACGCCCACAUGGCGGAGAUCGAGUCGAGCGAGGCCGAGAUCGUCGAGGAGGACGACCUGAACGACCAGGAGGGCGGCCACGACUUUGCCAUGGAGGCCGGCGCCGAGGAAGAUGCCGAGAUGCUGUCGGACGCGGGCGCAUCGAAUGACGACGAGGUCUAUGACGCCUAUGCCACGUACAAGGAAAGCCGUCAACGCCUGAAAGAGGUUCAGCGCAGCAGAGGCUUCUUCCGGGGAGGCAAGGAGGGCAAUGCCGAGGCACGCCGUGAGGCCAUCAACAAGGAAAAGGCAAGGACAAGGUGUGCCACCUGCGGCAAGCUCGGUCACUGGUCAGGUGAUCUUCAAUGUUCCAAACGCAGCAGUGCGGGUCCCCGAAAGGGCGGCGGCCGAAAGCCAGAGAAAGGACGUGGAAAAGGCCAUGCCAGGAAGGGGCAAGCCUACUUGGUGUCGGAGUCCCCUCUUUACUUCAGCCUGGACGGGUCUGGCGAUGAGGCCGAGCCGGGGUACUGCAACAUGGUUCUCCACAGCAGCGACCAGGAGCAGGACGAGAAGAAGGAGGCCGACAGCGAAUGGGACGUGGUCUCUGGGGCAGCGGGUGGCUAUGCGGCCCCAACAAGCUUUGCACCCCCGAUGCCGGAGUCCAGCGGGCGCCCUGUGGAUGAGCCAGUGGGCAAGCAGCUCUUAAUCACGGUCAAGCCCGGUGACAUCGAAAAGAUCAAGGUGACUUCCUUCAACGACGCCCGGCCGGCAGCUUUGGACCGCCUUCGAGUUCGCGAGCUGCAGUGUGACUGCGACCGCUGGGGAGUACAGACGCAAGGCAAGAAGGAGGAGAUCCUGGCGAGGCUUCGCAAGCUGUAUGGCGGCGAGCCGGUCGAGAAGAAAGGCUGUGCAAGGAAGUUCGUGCAGUUGGUUGAGUUCGGUGCAAAGCAGCCACCUUCUGUGGCAGCGGCGGCGGCGGCAACCAUGGGCAGCGCUUCUUCGUCAGCGGCGGCCUCCACUUCUACAAGCACGCCUUUGAAGGCAGAGACGGGAGCCCCGACUAGGACGGAGACGCGCUCGACGACGGCAAGGGCAACAACCGAGAACGCGGCAGCCAGCCGUUCUUUUCGAAGCUUCGUGCCGACACUGUCCACCGAGAUGGGCAGGAAGGAGGCUGUCGUCUGCCCGCGCACCGGCCUGGAGGUCCCUGCGGACAUGGAGGUCGGAAAGUCUAUCCCCGAAGCUAUGUGCAUGGUAUGUGGCGUUUGUAUGGUCCUGCGCCGGCGCCAUGAUGGAACAGCCUACUUCGCUGGAUGCCCGAACUUUGCCACCAGCAAGAGCUGCAAGUUCACAAUGGAACUGGACAAGGUCUUGGAGAUCAGAAAGAAUUUGAAGCAUGCCUUUACUGGUACCAAUUUGGACCAAGGACAUCAUCGGCUCCAAGACGGCGCCGAUGGCGAGUUGGACGAGUCAGCCGUGGCCCUCCUGGACACAGCGUGUACCUCGUGUCUCCACUCAAAACAAUGGCGCGAGGCUUACUCUCGAUGGCUUCCACCUGGCUUCGUCUGCGCCCAGACUCCGACAAGGAAAACCUUUCACUUCGCCAACGGCCAGAGCACCCCCGACAAAUUGGUGGUGUGGCAGGUGCCGAUCUUUGUGGGCAACGUACCGGGCCAGGUGUACUCAGCGGAGGUCACCACAGGCAACACACCGCUCCUGUUGUUGAUUCCCGCGAUGAGCGGUCUGGACAUGGUGCUCCACAUGAAGGCUCGGACGGCGGCGGUGCAGGCCGUAGAUUUAGAGGUGCCCAUGUUGGUCACGUGGACAAAGCACUUGGCCAUUCGUGUGGCGCCCGAGCUGGGGAAGCCCCCAGAAGGCAGCAGCCAUCCGCGCGUGGUCUCGGAGGCAGAGGACAUUCUGGUCUACUUCUUGGAGGAGGCGAGGUUGCCUUUGCUUUCACAAGUGUCCGCACCACAUGUACCACCAGAGGAGGCGUUCACUACAACGAGCGCCGCCCCAGACCUUCGAGCUCGGGGCGUAAAAGGGACAGACCCCAAGGGCACUUUGAGUGAGAGAAGGGUGCGAGAGCUGCAGAGGUCCGCGGCCAAGCAGGCGACCUUGGACAAGAGAGCCCGUGGUGCACUUCGACGUAGCUUCUCCAUGGCCGAGCAGUGGUGCACCAACGGCUUCCGCAACACGGUUGUCUUCGAGCCCUUUGGCGGCAGCUUUGGAGUGACUCGGCUGGCCUUCGAGGAGCUCAAUUGGACUUGCAGUCAGCCCCUUGACCUCCAGGACGGCUACGACUUGCUGAGCAAGAGCGGCGAGAAGUUGGUGAACAAUGUGUUGGACCAACACCGGCCGUACCUGGUGAUCAUAGCCUUCGACUGCAGGAUAUGGUCAGCCCUCACAAACAUGUCGCCGUGGAAGGAUUGGGCAGCUUUGAGACGUGGCCUGGGGAAGCGAACCUUGCAGUUGGUGUUGCGGAUCUGUCGGAGGCAAAGGCGAGCUGGCAGGUACUAUCUGCUGGAGAAUCCCGCCGCCUCCGUAGCCUGGGUGUUUGACAAGAUCCUCGCAGAGUUGCUGGAAAAGGAGGACGGCAAGUUCGCUUGUGGAGAUCAGUGUCGAUAUGGACUUCGGGACAGCACCAGCGGCAAGCCGAUACGGAAGCGGACCGGCUGGCUGACCAACUGCGAGCCACUCCUGAACCAACUUGGGAAGCAAUGUCGGUGCCCGCCCGGGGCGCAUGAAGUUCUCCUUGAAAACAACGCGUCCGGGCCCCGAGCAGCGCAAGCAGCAGCCUACCCCAAGGAGUUGUGCCGCAAUAUCUGCCAAGGAGUUGUUGAAAGCAUGUGCCUAGACUAUGCCAUUGCCAUGUCGUACGGCGGCAGUGCCGCAGGGGAAGGCGUCUAUGCGAUGGACGAUGACGACAUGUUGGAAGAUGGAGAGGACAUCAACGACUCAGCGGGCGAAGAGGAUUUCGAAGAGCCUUUGGAGGAUGAGUGGCGUUUCGGGGGAGAAGGGCAGCUCAUACGAGUUCACCGGGUUCCUCGGCGGAAGCUUUUCGUCCCACUUUCCUCUACAGCUCCGCCCUGCAACUUUGCGGACAUCCUCGGGACGAGGCGGACGAGAAUGCGGCUUCAGGAUGGCACACGGCGAAAUUUGGAGGACGACUGGCACACUGAGACGUGGAGCCGAAGAACCAGAGCCAUGGACAUGUUGUGGACGGGCGAGACCGAGUUCCUUCUGCGAAAUUCCGGAGGAGCCUGGGAGGAGGAAGCGCCCACAGCAGAGGCCGGUCCACACGAAAGAGAGGCACCACCCAUGUCGUCAGCGGCCCCCUAUGACUCAGCCGUGUAUGAGGAGGAUGCUGCCGAGUACGAGCCAAGUCCGGUGGGACUGGACCAAGAAGGCCGCCUAGUAGAGCCUUUUGAGGAAGCACCCGCAGCAGAGGGUCCACACGAGAGAGAGGCACCACUAGAUCGUAAAAUUUUGCAGAGAGGCAGACCACGUACACGGCAACUGCAGAGGGGCUUUUGGAUAGCGCUAGAGUCAGAUGAGACGCUCGAGCUCCUGAAUGGCACCCUGGACUACAUACAGCAAGAGGGCGGCCCCGAUUGGAACAAGAUCAACUUGGACACCGACCUAGGCAAGGCCUGGAUAGCAAGCGAAGCUGGUAAUGCAGAUGUUUCUUUGAUCCUCUGCAGCAGCAAGGCCCGACGCAUGAAGAAGCCACAGCCACACGCUGGCCCACAUGAAGUGCCACUGAGGAAAAGCUUACUCCUUCUGAAUGAUGGCACCGGGCUGAGUACAGAGUGGGAGUCUUGGUACUCUAUGUCACCGUCUUCGCAAGUCCGACCCUUGGUUGCUCGAGGCCGCAAGCUUUACCUUGUUCUUUUCGGCCGACAAGUCGGAGAUGGCGGAGAGCCUGGAGACGGAGAUCCUUGGCAUGGUCGGGAACAAGUUCGGGAACGACAAUGGCAGGCGUUGCCAAGGGAGCUUAAGUUGGCCAUUAAGCGCGUGCAUGUCAACUUGGGGCAUGCCGAUAGCAAGUCCAUGUUGAGGGCGAUGCGCUUGGCUAGGGCUUCGGAAGUGGCUUUGAAGGCUUGCCGGCUUUUCCGGUGCCCGGAGUGCCCACGAGGGUUAGAGAAGCAUGCUCGACCCGCAAGGCUGCCGAUGACUGACGAGUUCAAUGUCCAGAUUGGCCUGGACGUGUUUUCUGAGAGGGACUCGGCGGGGCAGGAAUGGUCGUGGCUCAACAUCCUUUGUCAGGGCACCACCUUUCAGGUCACGGCACUUUUGGGUGACACAAUCUCGAACCCCAGCAGCAUCGUCGUCAUGGAGGCCCUCGCUUCGCACUGGCUCAACUGGGCUGGUUACCCAGAACGAGGCGUGGCAACAGAUAGGGCCAAGUACUUCAUCGCCGAUGUCGCCGACGAUUUUGCCGAGCACGGCUGUAUCUUCGAGACGGCCAGCCGAGCUUCGCCAUGGCAGAUCGGACAAGUGGAGCGACACGGCGGCUUGUGGAAGUAG